AAAUACAAGGCAAGAACCUCAAAGCGGGCAGUAACACAGUCUUGUAUACUGACAUUAACAUCCUAAAUAAAAACUAAAAAUGAAAGCAGCUCUAAUUAUUUUGCUUGUGUCUAUUGUCGUUAUCGCUAAUGGGAAUCCUCUGGAACAAACAGAAGACUUGGCAGAAGGGGAAGAAACUCUCUUCAGGCACCCCAGAGCCAUUUGUUAUCCACUGACAUGCAACUCGCAAUGUUUCCCAAGGGGAGGAUAUUGCUCAUAUAACAGCUGUCAUUGCCGAUAGAAUAUUUUGGAGAAUUUUGUACACUUUAAUAUAGUUUAUAGUUUAUAUUUUUUAAUAAAAAAUAUUUGAAAAGAAAA